UCCCGCGGUAUUUGGUGUUUGUUCUGCGGCGCUGUGCUGGGAUCAGCGAUAUCCCCACGUAGGAGGGUUGAUCCGUUUUAAAGCGCACGUUUUACCUGAUUUUUACGCAUUUUAAUCACUUGGGACUUAAUUAUAACAAUGUACUCAGUGUGGACCGCAUCUCCGGCCAUAGCGACUCGAUCAGCACUCAGAGAAAUUACUCGAAGCGUGCCUGGCACACCAUCAUCGCACAACAACAUUCUGACGCACAUUAUCAGCUUACCAACUCCAUCCUCUUCGCCGGACGAAGAAGUGGUUCGCAAGAGAGGGAAGCGUACCAUGCCCGUUCCCAUUGCUACUGAACUGACACCUCCACGAACACCGACCAAGAAGGCACGUUCUCCGAGGAAGCUACUCACUCCCAAGAAGGCCACUACACCGACCAAGGGCAGCCCUACGCGCAGUUCUCCGAGGAAGCGACUGCUUCUGCCAGCAGACAUCACGGACGCCAUAUCUGCAUCGCCAACAAAAAGGCUGGUCACUCCAUUCAAGAAAUUGAAACUGCAGCUGAAGGAACCCAAUGUGCAAGCUACCACAGCACUUGCUGCGCUGACCAGGUCACAGCUUGUCUCCCUUGUUGAGGAUCUUGUGGAUCGUUUCCCAGAUGUUAAGCAGACGAUUGGAGACCUCAUUCCAGCUCCCAAUUUGCAUCAUGCCGAAGAAAAACUGAAUGCCUUGCUUCGCAAUGUCUAUCGCUCCUUCCCUCAGAAGCAUUGGGGCAACAGCAGAGAUGCCUUUUGCUAUCGUAGGGUCCAGCUUGCACUAGAGAUAUUCAAGGAGAAAUGUGUGGCCAAAGCACGUCAUCUAUCUGAAGGAGAGCAGUGGGGGGCCCUGCUGGAGUAUGCAAUGCUCGCGUGGGGUUUUGUGAGGCGUCUACCAGACUGGGAAGAUCCUCCACACAACAAGUGCAAGUUGACUUGCUUCCGCAGCUUGGCUGCGCAUUGCAUGGCUUCUCUCAAGAAGGGUAACCUCAUGGAGGCUGCACAGCUUGAAGUUAUUGUGGGAAGACUCCGUGAAAUGAAGGAUGACAAUGGUUGUAUCCUGCCUUGCCUCAAGUUUGCUGAAGCAGCAUUGUUAGAAGGACAGAACACCAACUGAGAUCUGUUGUCUGUUUUUGGUUGAAUCACCUCCACGAAUGAAAUAAAGCAUCAUCUUUUAAAGUGUU